AUGACUACAGGUAAUUUGUCACAGUGUUCUAAGGAAAUAGCUAAGUUUGCACGCUGGAUUGUGUCAGUUGGUGAUGGUGAAAUAGAUGUAGAAGAUGGCACUAAUGAUACCAUUACUAUUCCAAAAGAUUUGUUACUAUUCCCCUCAGGUGAUGCAAUGGAUUGCAUUAUUGGGGAUGAAGUUGUGUAUCUUAGUGCAGAUAGUGUUUCUAAGCAAGAUGGUAUUAGUGCCUCCAUUGCGCAAAUGCACUCAGUUGAGUUCUUGAACAAAAUCACCAUGUCUGGUUUGCCUAAUCACAAAUUGGUCUUGAAGAUUGGAUCUCCUAUAAUGAUGAUGAGGAAUUUAGAUAAAUCAAUAGGAUUAUGUAAUGGAACCCAUUUGGUUGUCACAAGAUUAGACAAUCAUGUGAUUGGAGCAGAGAUUAUCACAGGGAUUGGGGCUAAUGUAGAAUGA